CUAUUUAUACACCACAUGAUCGAUCUAAUCCUUCCAUCAAAUACUGAAGAGCCCCAAGCAAAGCAAUCUUCUAUAAAGAGAGAGAGAGAGAUGGGUUCAUUGCCUCAUGUAGUCGAAGACUGCAUGGGAGUCCUCCAGCUCUAUAGCAACGGAACCAUUUUCCGUUCCAAACACAUUGACUUCAGCCGCAUCCCCGUUGUCGACGACUUCUCUGUCCUCUUCAAGGACUGCCUCUUCGACAAGCACCACAACCUCUACCUCCGCCUCUACAAGCCAGCAGCCCUCACCGCCACCCCAAAUAUUACUACUUAUUAUGACGACAGUGAUGGCAAUAAUAUCAUCGAACAUAAUAACCAUAACAACAAGAUCCCCGUGGUGUACUACCUCCAUGGUGGUGGUUUCUGUGUCGGCUCCCGUUCCUGGCCCAACAGCCACAGCUGCUGUACCCGCCUCGCCUCUGGACUUGGGGCCCUCGUGGUUGCCCCUGACUAUCGCCUGGCCCCAGAGCAUCGGCUCCCUGCUGCCAUGGAGGAUGCCCACAACUCCAUCAAGUGGCUCCGGGACCAGGCGAAAUUGACUGGCAAGGAGGAGAGGGAGGGUGGUUGUGAUAGUUGGCUGAGGAACGGGGUUGACUUUGACCGGGUUUUUGUGAUAGGGGACUCCUCCGGAGGGAAUAUCGCCCACCACCUGGCUGUCCGGUUCGGCAGCUACGAACCGGAGAAGGAUCUGAGUCCUGUCAGGGUGAGAGGCUACAUUCUGUUGGCGCCGUUCUUUGGCGGGUAUGCCAGGACCAAGUCCGAGGAGGGACCCUCCGAGGGUUUGCUAAAUUUGGAAAUACUCGACAGAAACCAAUAUAUCUGGUCUUUCGAUUCAUACCUCAAAGCCUGGACACAUACCAUAUCUAGCCAACUUUUUGUGAAAGAAGUUACUUACACACUUGAUUUAGCUAGGUACAUAUAUAGGAGUAAUAUAGCCUACAGGAGAGGACAAAGCUGGCCUACAUAUAUUAUAAGGGCAGCAGAGGUUCUGGAGGCUGUCGAUGCCGGCAGGAGAGAAUCGGGACCACCCACUAGCGAACCCAUUUGGACCGGCGAGCCCCAGCCUCGAUCGGGUGGCGCUUGGACCGAUCUUGGCCAUGGUGGGCGGAGAUGAGCUGUUGAAAGACAGGGUGGACGACUAUGCAAGGAGGCUCAAGAGUAUGGGAAAGAUGAUAGAGUAUAUAGAGUUUGAGGGCAAGCAGCACGGUUUCUUCACCAACGACCCUUACUCCAAGAUCGGGAAUCGAGUGGUUGAGAUCAUAAGACGAUUCAUGCUAACGAACUCUAAAUGAUGGAUAUGGUACUUAAGAUCGGUCAUGUGGAUUUUCGGUUCCGCGUAUAUGUAUUUUGGCGAGGGUUGUCUACAACCUUUCUGAUCUAUCUACUAUAUCAAGAAUUCCAAGAGAGAGAGCGAUAAACUACUAUAUGUGAUAGCAAUUAUAGCGUGUUCUUGAUGAUUUUGGCCAAUUGAUCACCGAAAUGUUGCGUCUUGAUCAAUAUAUUAACAUUAUUACCGUGUUGAAUAA